AUACAAAAAUGUUGAACAAAUGUAUAUUUGUUAUAGAAGGAAGGAAACAAAAAUCACACCUUCUAACUACCCAGGAGACACAUGCACAAAAACUCUUAUGUCUCUUGUGGUUUUGUUUCAUGUUGAAAAUGAGUGUGUGGACUCUGUGUUUUCUUCUUUUUUAUGUAUCGAGUUUCGGAGGUGGAGGUGGAGGUGGAGGUGGAAAUGGUGUUGAUGGGGAUGAAAGAAGAUGCGAUUUAUUCAAAGGAAGGUGGCUAUGGGACGAAUCGGAUUCGAACCCGAUGUAUACGGGUUCCGAAUGCCCGUUUAUAAACCCGGGAUUGAAUUGCCAGAAGAAUGGUAGAGCAGAUAACAUGUACCUUAACUUCCGGUGGCAGCCUCACGGUUGUUCGCUUCCGAGAUUCAAUGGUGAGGAGUUUCUACAGAGAAACAGAGGUAAGAAGAUAAUGUUUGUAGGAGACUCGUUAAGUUCGAAUCAGUGGCAAUCACUAGCAUGCAUGCUUUACAACCCUACUCGACGAUCUAACCCCAGCCUCACUCAUCAAGGACAACUUUCAACUAUUUCCUUUCCUGAGCAUGGAGUUUCGAUUAUGUAUUUGAAAAACGGGUUCCUUGUGGACCUAGAAGUCGAGAAGAAGGGUCGGGUUUUGAAGCUGGAUUCCAUCAGCAAAGGCCGCAUAUGGGAAGAAGCAGACAUUUUGAUCUUUAACAGCUAUCAUUGGUGGAUCCAUGCUGGACAGCUUAAAUCAUGGGACUACUAUCAGGUUGGUGAAAAGCUAUACAGAGACAUGGCUCUUAUGGAUGCUUAUAAGAUCGCGUUGACUACAUGGGCUAGAUGGGUUGACUCCAACAUCUCUAAGAAGACCAGAGUCUUUUUCCAAGGAAUUUCUGCGGUUCAUUAUGAAGGCAAAGAUUGGGGGGAACCAAGUGUGAGGAAUUGUGAUGGACAAACUGAACCUAUACUGGGAUUCAGUUAUCCGGGGAAGAAAUACGCAGCAGAACAAGUGGUGAAAGACGUAUUGGCAAAAAUGAAAAAUCCGGCUUAUUUGCUAGAUAUAACACUACUUACCCAGUUGAGAAAAGAUGGGCACCCAUCCAAGUACGCUGGUGGAAUGACGGACUGCAGCCAUUGGUGCCUUGCUGGUGUUCCUGAUACUUGGAAUCAAAUCUUGUACACGAUUUUGCUCAAGGAUUAGUUUUUUCAGCUUCA